AUGAAGGGGAUCAGAAGUUUCGAAAAAAGGGGCAAGUUAUGCCCUAGGUUUACAGGGUCUUUCGAGAUUCUCGACAAGAUUGGACUGGUAGCAUGUCGUCUACCCUUGCUUCCAGCACUUCCAACAGUUUACAACAUAUUCCACGUCUCUAUGCUACGGAAAUACGUUUCAUAUCCCACCCAUGUGCUGAGUUAUGAGAACCUGGAACUUGAUCCAGAUCUAUCACACAUAGAACAACAAGCUCAGGUUUCAGACAGAAAAGAUAAAGUCCUUCGGAACAAGACCAUAGCAUUGGCCAAGGUGCUCUGA